UUGUAAAUACAUUUAUUUUCAUUGGUAGCGCGGCCACUAGAGUAUCUGGUCAAUAUAAUGGAGAAUCUGUGAUGAAGUUCAUUUUUCACAGUUGGUGAUGGCGGGUGUUGUCGAAAUCGACACCAUGAAGAAUUACCACAUAGCCUUUGAGAGAAUAGACUCCGAUACGAGCCGUUACCCCUACUGUAURGUGUGGACACCUAUCCCCGUACUAUCAUGGCUGCUUCCAUUCAUUGGACACAUGGGAAUCUGCACCUCUUCUGGUAUCAUCCGGGACUUUGCUGGGCCCUACUUUGUCUCUGAAGACAACAUGGCCUUUGGGAGACCAACAAAGUACUGGAUGCUGGACGUAGCCAAGGUGUAUGCUAGUGGCUCCAACGCCUGGGACACAGCAGUGCAUGACGCCUCAGAAGAGUACAAAAACAGAAUGCACAACCUCUGCUGUGACAACUGUCACUCCCAUGUGGCCAUGGCUCUGAACCUGAUGCGCUAUGAGAACAAGACCUCGUGGAACAUGAUCAACCUCUGUCUGCUCUCCCUAGUCCACGGAAAACACGUCAGCUGUGCAGGGUUCUUGAAGACCUGGCUUCCCUUCCUGAUGUUGCUGGGUAUUAUCCUGACUGUGGCUCUGACCAUUAACCUGCGGUGACCAGCCAACCAGUUGGGAGGACACAGCUUACAGGGUGGGAAGGGGGAGGGACUCCUUGCAGGAGGGGGAUGAGGGAGAUGGGGGUUGAGUGAGGUGAGAGCACACACGGGGAGGGGGGACCCCCUGCAGGUUGGAACUUGAGGUGGGAGGUGUCACUCUACACCUACUCUAACCUGCUUGUGAGGACAGAGAGGGAAACAAGACAUGGAACUGUGACAUCCCAGCAACAAACAAACCAAUGAGAGAAGGGCAAUAACAUCCUCCUCUCGACUAAACACAAAGCCUGCUUGUUUCUAGGACCAGGCAACCUGGCUUUCAAUGGUGGCGGAUGGCAAUUUUUAGUUUUUAGUUUAUUUUGGCAUUGAUGUUAAUUGUUCUUGAUGGACGGUAGCUUACUUAUAAAUGUUUUAAUCCCCCUCCACACACAUCCCAACCCCAUGCAGUUUUCAAAUGUUUUGAUUUUCAAUUAAGUCCUACUAUGGGGGGUAUAGACCUUCAUAAUUUCUAGGUAAUGGAUGAUGUUGCAGGUUCUGUAGACUAGAGGAAUGAUGGUAGUGGUGAAGGGGGCAGAGGUUGUUCUUUCUUUCAGGGGUAGUAGUCUUGUCUCCCACAGCGACAGCAGCAUCCAUCUCUUUCUCUCUCUGCCAUGCUGAAACGAGCACCCACCAUCCAUCUAAUGACAUGGGACUGAUGAUGACUCAGUGCUUCCCAUACUCCAUCUUGAUGUUUGGAACAGAAAACAUGACAUUUCCCUUUUAAUGCCUUUCAAGGAAUGUGUUAUUGCGUUGGCAUUUUAUACUUGGAUUGAUACAGUUCCUAUUUCUGCACCUUUUAAUAGCCUGUGAUUCACCAAGAGUGAUUUGUUGUUACAAUUAAUUGAAUAUAUUUACUACAUUGGAGUUUAUCCAGGAUAAUAAUUCUCAAAACUCUGCUAUAAACAAGUGAUGCUUCA